CCCGGUUUUGGCCUUGGUAUUUGAGUAUAUAUAGCCCUGUAGAAUCCACCUCCUGAAACCGAGUUUUCUUUCCCUAGAAAUAAAAACAAAGUCUUUGUUCAGAUCUCACCCACGGUCUUUUCGUCUCUCACAUCACCUUCAUUAAAUCAUGGGUUACGAGGAGAAAUUAGUAGCUCCAGCGUUGAAGUUUAGGAAGUUCCUUGACAAGACCCCCAAUCUUCACAACAUCUAUGUUAUUGCCGCCAUCUCAUGCACGUCAGGAAUGAUGUUCGGGUUUGACAUCUCGUCCAUGUCGGUCUUCGUGGACCAGGCCCCAUACUUACGGUAUUUUGACUCGCCCAGCUCGGUAAUCCAAGGUUUCAUUACCGCCUCAAUGAGUUUGGGCUCGUUUUUCGGCUCGCUUACCUCCACGUUUGUUUCCGAGCCUUUUGGCAGACGUGCGUCGUUGUUCAUUUGUGGAAUCUUGUGGUGCAUUGGCGCAGCCAUCCAGUGCUCCGCACAAAACAGGGCACAGUUGAUAUGUGGUCGUAUUAUUGCUGGCUGGGGUAUUGGAUUCGGUUCCUCGGUAGCUCCUGUCUAUGGAUCGGAAAUGGCCCCCCGGAAAAUUAGAGGUACCAUCGGAGGUAUCUUCCAGUUUUCUGUCACAGUGGGUAUUUUCAUUAUGUUCUUGAUUGGGUACGGCUGCUCGCAUAUCCAGGGUCUUGCGUCGUUUAGAAUCCCAUGGGGUGUCCAGAUGAUUCCUGGUAUUAUUUUGCUUACGGGCCUUUUCUUUAUUCCCGAGUCGCCCAGAUGGUUGGCCAAGCAGGGCUACUGGGAGGAUGCGGAAAUCAUUGUGGCCAAUAUCCAAGCCAAGGGAAACAGAGAGGAUGCUAAUGUUCAGAUCGAAAUGUCCGAAAUCAAGGAGCAAUUAUUGCUUGACGAGCACGCCAAGGCUUUCACUUACGCAGACCUUUUCAGCAAGAAAUACAGAAAGAGAACCUUCACUGCGGUGUCGGCCCAGAUCUGGCAGCAGUUGACUGGAAUGAACGUCAUGAUGUACUACAUCGUGUAUAUUUUCCAGAUGGCCGGCUACGACGGCGACACCAACUUGGUGCCUAGUUUGAUCCAGUACAUUCUCAACAUGGCGGUGACCGUUCCAGCGUUGUUCACGUUGGACCUUUUGGGCAGACGUACCAUUUUGUUGAUUGGAGCUGCGUUGAUGAUGGCGUUCCAGUUUGGCGUGGCCGGAAUUUUGGCCACCUACUCUGAACCAGCCUUCCUUUCCGACACGGUCCGGAUCACGAUUCCCGAAGAGCACAAGUCUGCUGCCAAGGGUGUCAUUGCGUGCUGCUAUUUAUUCGUGUGUUCAUUUGCGUUUUCCUGGGGUGUUGGUAUCUGGGUCUACUGUUCAGAAGUUUGGGGCGACUCGCAAUCUAGACAAAGAGGAGCCGCCCUUUCCACUUCCGCAAAUUGGAUCUUCAACUUUGCCAUUGCCAUGUUCACGCCUUCUUCCUUCAGAAACAUCACCUGGAAAACCUACUGCAUCUACGCCACGUUUUGUGCUUGCAUGUUCAUUCACGUGUUUUUCUUUUUCCCCGAAACAAAGGGUAAGAGAUUGGAAGAAAUUGGUCAACUCUGGGAAGAAAACGUGCCCGCUUGGAGAUCGGCUUCUUGGGAGCCUUCAGUGCCAAUUGCCACAGAUGCUGAGCUCAUACAGAAAAUGGACACGUCUCAUGAAGAGCACCCAGAAUUGAUGCACUCUCAUCUGCCUUCCUCGGAAGAAAAAGUGGGGACGGUCUAAAAUUGCUUGUUGAAGAGAACCCCAUAACCACUGUCGUUUGUACUUUAGAAGCGAGCCGGCUACUUUCGAUGUCAAACUGAUUGACGACUCAUGCAAGCCCGGCUCAUGUUAUUUAAUUGCCCUUAUCAACAACUACGUUUAGUAUUUUCAUCUAUGUUGUAGGCUUGUCAGAUGACUGUCGGGCUGAUUUUAGCUAAGACGGUCCAACAGUAUUUCUUUAUUUACUAAGAGUAUGGAGCUUUUGUGUGGAAGCCCCACUGAUAUUGACUAGGUUAGUGAGACUUCACAUCAUGCAUGGAAAACGUAC